GAUUUGCUUGGUUAUUGAUUCAGGUGCAGAGGAGAAGCAACGGAAAAAGAUGGAACGAAGAGUAAUGAACGAGGCGGCGGUGGAAGAAAUCGCGGCGAGGCUUUCCUCUCUCGAAGACCUCUACUUCCCACGCGCCGUUCAAUCAACCACUGCUUCUUCCGACCAACGUAAAUCCAUUCUCCUAGACCUUCUCCGUCGUGAUCCCGCCGUUUUCCUCGAGCGUUAUGGAUCGCAGCUGAGUGUAGACGAAUUGCUCGAGUUCGAUGCUUUAAAACACGACUACGAGGUUGAUUGGCACUUGAAGAGCCUGAGGAAGAAGAUAAGUCCGACCUCAGAGGAGCUGAGAUCGAGGUCUGUAGCUGUGAGGAACAGGAGGCUGGCUUUCUUGAACAAGCUUGUAUCGGAAGGACAGUAUUUCUCCGAGGAUGCUAUGAGAGACAGAGAGCCGUAUCUGCACCACGAGUAUGUCGGGAAGUUUCAGGAUUCGUUGGGUAGGAACAUGGCUAGGCCUGGGGAACGUUGGUCAGAGACGUUGAUGAGACGGGCUGAGGAGGCUGCGUUGGUUUCUAGGAUUAGGGAGGAGCAGCAGAGGUUGGGUGUUGCUGAGUGUGAUUGGGUUGGUGGUAAUGAGAAGAUGGAGGAGUCUGAAGAUGAAUCGGAACAAGAAGAAGUGGAAACUGAAGACGAAGAAGUAGAAGAAGAGGAAAAGCCGGCAGGAGCUAGCUCAAGCCUUGCAGAGGCGGGUAGAGAAGAGAACAAGCAGGGAUCAGUUUUACCGGUGGAGGAGAUGCAAGAGAUGAUGGAUCAGUUCACAUCAAUCAUGCAGCAGAAGUUCUUAUCAGGAGAAGAUCAUGAGCAUUUGGAUUACACAAAGAUAGACAAUGACGAGAAUCUUGAUGAUCAUUGGCUUCGAGAGGUUGGCCUUGACGCUGAAGAGAAGUACUUUGGUGACGAUGACUAAUGGACCACAGUCGAACUCCCUGCUCUUUUUGUAAGAUGUGAUAUCUCCUCUCCCUUUCUAUUUCUCUCUUUAUAGAAGAAAAUACUGAUUGUUGGUAUUAGAUAGCGAGAGUAUCAGUAUCUUGUGAUAAAGAGUUAUUUCAUCUUUGGUAGGAAAGCUUAUGAAAAGUUCCAAACACCAAAAUAAUAACAUUUGGGUGGUUUUGGUUUUGGUUGAGAGAUUGUCUUUAAAUCUCUCUAUGUAUAGUAUUUACUGUUUUUUUUUCCGUUGGUCAAGAAGUAUUUUGUUUGAAUUGAGUUAGUGUGUGGGUUUUAGUCAAUGUGGAGAUGCAGGCUUGAGAAUCCCAUGAAAACGAAUGUUUUAAAAA